AUGUCAUCAUACUUACUCUCUGCUAAAGAAUUCUUCGCAGGGCUUUUAGAUCUUGAUGUUUCAAAUUCCCUGGAAUUUAUUGAAAAUAAAGUCCUAUCAUUUCUAGAUGCAGUUAACGUUUUAUUUAAAGAGCUAGGAAAUUCCCCAGGAUCUAUUGCAAAGGUAUUGAUAUCGGUGGCUGUGGUUGUGGUAACGGUAGUAAAAGUAUUGGUAGCAACUGGGUUUUUCCAAAAAACGGCCUCCGUCUGUUUGGUGAAGGCAAAAUCAAUAAGACAAUCUUCACUACAUAUUCCAAGAACUUUAAUAUGGCAUGCAUACGUAUGGCCCUUUGUUGGCUUUUACCUGGCAUGGUUAUAUAUAUAUUUGUUUGCAUAUGACGAACUCCUUGUAUCAGAAGAAUGGACAUUUUUGACACUUGGUAGUUUAAUCACCACCAACGCACUAUUAUUUUUGAGUUGUCAAUGGAGUGUUCGGCUGAAAGCUCUUUUCACAUGUAAAAGUGUUUUGGUUAACGAUAUUUAUAAAGCACGAGUCAUAAAGAUUAUACCUGCGCCUCAUAAAGGAAAAGGCGAGAUCUGCCCGUUAUAUCAUGCAGAAAAUGGCGAAAUAUCGUUUCAGUACCAAAAGAGAAAGUAUAUUUGGGACGAGGAUCGCAAAGAGUUUUAUAAAUUAGCGUAUCCGAGUGAUGCGGCUACACUAUUACAUGACUACCAAAAUCACAACGGGUUACAAGGCGACGAUGAGAUAAAUGCUACCAAAGAAAAAUACGGGUUCAAUAGGUUCGAAAUUCCUGUACCUACUUUUCGUGAACUUUUCAAAGAACACGCGGUUGCUCCAUUUUUUGUCUUUCAAUUAUUUUGUGUUGGACUGUGGAUGAUGGAUGAAUAUUGGUACUUUUCAGUGUUCACGCUGUUUAUGCUAGUGAUGUUCGAGUCGACCGUUGUUUUUCAGCGCUUAAGAACUCUGGCGGAAUUUCGCACAAUGUCGAUUAAACCAUAUAGCAUUCAUGUAAGAAGGAAUCUUCAUUGGAUAACAGUUAAUUCGGAUGAACUUUUACCCGGUGAUUUAGUCUCAAUAGUUCGUUCAAAGGAAGACUCGGGUGUUCCUUGUGAUAUGUUGAUUAUACAUGGUUCAUGCAUUGUUAAUGAAGCUAUGCUUUCUGGUGAAUCGACGCCUUUAUUGAAGGAAUCUAUUGCCCUUCGUGAUGGCAACGAUAUUCUUGACAUGAAUAGCAUCGACAAAAACAGUAUUCUAUUUGGUGGCACAAAAGUUCUUCAAGUCACUCCACCUGCCAAAGAGCACCCUUUAUCAGCCCCAGAUAAUGGAUGCAUUGCAUAUGUCAUUCGUACCGGUUUUGGCACUGCUCAAGGGAAACUAGUUCGCACUAUGGUAUAUAGUACCGAACAUGUUUCUGCCAAUAAUUUGGAAUCGUUCCUAUUUAUUCUUUUCCUUUUGGUAUUCGCAUUGACUGCUGCUGGAUAUGUGUGGAUUAAAGGUGUUGAAAAUGAUCGAAAGAGAUCAAAACUUUUAUUGAAUUGCAUAAUAAUCGUUACAUCGGUAGUACCACCCGAGCUGCCAAUGGAACUUUCUUUGGCUGUGAAUACAUCUUUGGUGGCAUUAGCUAGAUACGCAAUUUAUUGUACCGAACCAUUCAGGAUUCCGUUCGCGGGAAAAAUUGAUGUUUGCGCUUUUGAUAAAACCGGAACACUGACCGGGGAAAAUCUUGUAGUUGAGGGAAUCGCUGGAAUUCAUCCUAAUGACCCCAAAAUUUUAGUCAGUCCUCCGGAGGCAUUGAGAGAGACAAUACAGACGCUUGCUGCUGCUCAUGCAUUAGUUCUUUUGGAUGAUGGUAUUGUCGGUGAUCCAAUGGAAAAGGCAACAUUAGAAGCAUUGGAAUGGAAACUCUUAAAAGGCGACAUUGUUGCUCCGGACAAUUCUCAGUCUGCUCGUUUCCAACAACGCUCUCAACUUCAAAUACGCCGCCGCUUCCAAUUCUCUUCUGCAUUAAAACGGAUGUCAAGUGUGUCGACACUUUCAGCUCCAAGGAAUUCAAAGACUUUUGUCGCUGUCAAGGGCGCACCCGAGACAUUACGUCAUAUGUACGUGUAUGUACCGGAUGACUAUGAAGACACAUACAAGUUUUUUACCCGUCGUGGAAGUCGUGUUCUUGCAUUAGGCUAUAAAUAUUUGACGGUUAAUUUGAAUUCUGAAGAGAUAAAUAAUUUAACACGGGAAUCGGUUGAAAGUAAAUUGAAUUUCGCUGGGUUUUUGAUAUUUCAUUGUCCAUUAAAAGAUGAUGCCAUUUCAACUCUCACUAUGUUGAAUGAAUCUGCUCAUCGGUGCGUUAUGAUUACUGGUGAUAAUCCUUUAACUGCUUGCCAUGUUGCAGAAACAGUUAAAAUAAUCGAAAGAGAUGUAUUAAUCUUAGAUUUACGUGAGGAAGCCACAAGUGAUGAUGAUCUCAUUUGGAAGUCGGUUGACGAAAAGACCAUCAUCCCUGUGAAUCCAGUCGAUCCAAUAGAUCCGAAAAUCUAUAAUGAUUAUGAUUUAUGCGUAACUGGCGCUGCAUUAUCUUGUUAUGAAAAUAAGCCACACGUUAAAGAGUUACUUGCACGCACAUGGGUUUAUGCGCGGGUGUCUCCAGGACAAAAGGAAUUUAUCCUGAGUGGGCUUAAACAAGCAGGAUAUACAACAUUAAUGUGUGGUGAUGGAACGAAUGAUGUAGGCGCACUUAAACAAGCUCAUAUCGGUGUUGCUCUUCUUGACGGCACAAUAGACGAUUUAAAGAAAAUCGCUGAGCAUCAAAAAACACAACGACUAAAAGACAUACGUCCUCCACCACAAGUUGAUCGAUUAGCAGAACAACUAUUAGGAGAUCUUGACGAAGAGCCACCUACAAUCAAAUUAGGCGACGCGUCAGUAGCUGCGCCUUUUACUUCUAAACUUGCUAAUGUGUCUGCAAUACGACAAGGUCGUUGUACGCUUGUCGCGACUAUUCAAAUGUACAAAAUUCUUGCUCUGAAUUGCCUGAUUUCCGCAUACAGUCUAAGUGUAUUACAUUUAGAAGGGAUAAAAUACGGUGACUUGCAAGCCACAAUUUCAGGCAUGAUGCAAGCAGUAUGUUUUCUUUGCAUCUCAAAAGCCAAGCCACUUGACAAACUCUCGAAAGAACGUCCUCAAGCAAAUGUAUUUAAUUUUUAUAUAAUUCUAUCGAUCUUGGGACAAUUUGCUAUACAUAUCGCGGCAUUAGUAUAUGUUGUUGAUUUGGUGUUUAAAUUCGAGGCAAAGAGAAUAGUAGAUGUCGAUUCUGAAAGUGAAUUUGAGCCUAGUCUAUUAAACACAGCUGUAUAUCUAAUUGCACUUUCAAUGCAAGUGUCGACAUUUGCUAUCAACUACCAAGGACAUCCAUUCCGAGAAAGCCUACGAGAAAACACAUUCCUUUAUUACGGGUUAUUAGGUGUAGGCGCCAUUGCUAUAGCCGGUGCCACCGAAUUCGUCCCGGAACUCAAUUCUUGGUUGUCACUAGUACCACAACCUUUUGAUUUCAAAACAAAGCUCACCGCCACCAUGCUUCUUGACUUUGGUCUCGCGUGGGUAGUUGAAAUAAUAUGUAAAUUUUUCUUUGCACACAACAAACCGAAAGCGAUCGCACGGAGGAUAUCGAUAUCAAAAUCGAAAACAAAAUCAUCGACGACAAAUGAGAAAAAGGGAAAAUAUCGGAUCCAACAAAAUGCUGAUUAUGGGCAUGAAUUGGCGGCCGCUGCUUCCACUGUUCUCGCGAGUUCAAUGGUUCCACGAUCUAUUAAAAAUCCAAAACCGAUUCCAUUGACAUUAAGCAUUCUGUCAGUGGGUUCACAACAAUAUGGGAAAGACCGCGUAAGGCUGGUCAAAGUCAUUCGGAACGGCGAUUGGCAUGAAGUUGUAGAAUUAACGAUACGCGUCCUCUUGGAAGGAGGUUUUGAAGAAGCGUAUACUAAAGCAGACAAUUCCUUAGUAAUUGCAACAGAUUCUAUAAAAAAUACUGUAUACAUUCUUGCAAAAAAAUCCGCCAAAGUCCAACACAUUGAAUUGUUUGCUAUUGAAAUCGGAGAUCAUUUCAUUUCCCAGUAUAGUCAUGUGUCCACUGUACAUGUCUCGAUUAUUAAACAUCGAUGGACGAGAAUGUUGAUCGAUGGAAAACUGCACAAUCAUUCUUUUUUACGUGAUGGUGAUUAUACUAGGAGUACGCGUGUCAUUGCUUCUAGGAAUACAGGUGUAGAAUACUCGGUUAUGAUUGAUUCUGGAUUAAAAGAUUUGUUGGUGUUGAAAACUACCGGGUCCGCGUUUCAUUCUUUCGUUAGAGAUAAGUACACAACUCUCGAGGAAACAGACGACAGAAUUCUUUCGACGAGUAUAGAUGCCACCUGGACUUUUAAAAUCCCGAAUUCAGCAUCAAUCACUAAGAUUCCCUUUGAUGAUAUAUAUGCCUCUAUUCGUGAUGUUACGUUAAAGACGUUUUCCACGGACAAUAGUGCAUCUGUACAAGCGACAUUAUAUUUAAUGGCUAAACAAGCACUUGAAAAACAUCCAGAAUUGGAGAGUGUCUCUUAUGCAUUACCUAACAAGCAUCAUUUCGCGUUUGAUCUUGAACGUUUUGGCUUAAAGAAUAGUGGGAAGGAUGCCGAUAUUUUUGUUCCUUUUAGCGAUCCUUCGGGAUUGAUUACUGCAACGAUUGCUCGCGCUAAAUUAUAA